AUGGCGUCGGCGACUCCGGCAGGCGGCGGCGAGGGCGUCCACGGCGGCGGUGAGAUGCCGUUCUGGCCUCCUAGCGGAACGGCUGGCGUCGACGGCGAUGGCGGCGACGAUUCCAGCUCCGCAUACUCGACCGACGACGAGGAGGAGUCGAUGUUACUCAGCAUGGAGCAGCGGUUGCGGUUGGCGCAGCAGUGGGUGGCGAACCCUAGCAGCAGCCAUGAGUUGACGCAUGGACUUGGCGGCGUGCUUUUGGAUGAAGACAUUUGGCAAGUAAGGAUCCAUUUUGAUGCAAGAGAACCAUUGGAGAUGAAGCUGUGUGGUUCAGAUAUUACUUAUCUGAAUUUGGUUGCAGUGAUGGAAACCCAAGGAUUUAAUGCAUAUGAUUGUUUGUUUCACAUUGAAAAUCCAUCUUUAGGAGAGAAAGGGAUGGAUUUGGUAGACAGUCAUGCAGAAUUACAGAAGAUAAAGAGGAAGAUCCAGGACAAAUUGGUGCUUGAUUUGCUAGUCAGGGCUUGUCCACCCCCUGUUACUGAUUUUGAGUUGCAGAAAUGUCAAAUGCCAGAGUUGUCCACUGUGGUGUACCAAGAGCCUGUUGUUUUCGAUCUGAGUGAGCCUCCUAUCUUAGCUGUUGAUCAGCAAGGAGUAGUUUUUGAGAGUCAAUGUAGCAACUCUAGCACACCUCAUCCUACUGGUGUUUGCACACAAGAAAGCAAGAAUGCAACAGCCAAGUUGAAAGCAGUUUUGGAAGAAGAAGAAGAGGGAUAUCAAGGAUUUGAGGCAUAUGAGGACAGUGAUGCUAAUGCCUCUGAUGAGGAUGCUCAAAUUGGAAAUGACCAUCAUCACAUGGGUGAUGAUGAAGAUGUAGAGGUGGAAGAGGGAAAGAGACAGAGAGAGCUAGAAGUACAAGAGGAAGAAUCAGAUGAUGAGCAAUCAGAAGAGGAAGAAAUGCUGCAUUAUGAGAGUGAGACUGAAGUUGAGGAACCAUUUGAGGUAGAGGAAGAUAGGACUUUUGAAGAAGAAGAAGAAACUAUAGUUGAACCUGUGAAGAAGAAGCAGAAGCUACCAGUUAGAAGAGGACCAACAACUAGGUCACAUUCUAGUAAGCUACCAGAGGUUGAACCUGAUUUCAGACCAUCCUCAUCAGAUGAAGAAGAGAAGGGGUUGUUGAGGGAGAGUGAUGAUGAUGGUUUUGAGCCACAGCCUCUUUUGGAUCAGCAUCAAUUCAGAGAUGCUUUGUUGAAUUUGCACAUCACUCAGGCCAGGAAUUUUAAGUAUCACAGGAAUUCAGAUCAGAGGAUAAUUGUUCAGUGUCCAGAUAAAUAUUGCCAGUUCUUUAUGGUGGCAGCAGUUAUAAAAGGGGAGAAAACCUUUGUAAUUAAGAAGAUGAGACUAGAGCACACUUGCCCUAGUACCACUGAGACCACCAGGGUUAGUGCAAUGUGGCUAGCACAGAAAUAUGAGCAUCUCUUCAGAUCUGAUAUAACUACUGGUAUUCAGACAAUAAUUGAUGCAUGCAUGGAAAAAUAUGGUGUAGAUGUGCCCAAGUGCAUGGCAUAUAGGGCAAAGAACAUAGCUAUUGAAGCUGUCUUAGGAGAUCACAAGAAGCAAUAUCCUAGGCUUAAAGACUAUGCUCAGACUGUCAUGGAUACAAACCCUGGGAGUAGAGUAAUAGUCACUACUGUUACUCCAGUACCAAAUGCAAAAAUACCCCACCCAGGCCCAAGAUUCCAUGCCAUGUUCUUUUGCCUGAAUGGAGCAAGGGAGGGGUUUCUCAAUGGGUGUAGGCCAUUCAUUGGUGUUGAUGGAUGCUUCAUUAAGCUCACUACAGGAGCUCAACUCCUUGCUGCCACUGGUAGAGAUGGCAACAACAACAUAUAUCCACUGGCAUUUGGCAUAGUUGGACAAGAGGACACACCUAGUUGGUGUUGGUUUCUACACCAACUGAAAAUUUGCCUAGGUGGAGAAGUGGGCAAGUUUGGACCUUAUACUAUAAUGUCAGAUAGACAAAAGGGGUUAUUGAAUGCAGUGAAUGCUGUCUUUCCAAAUUGCAACCAAAGAUUCUGCCUUAGGCAUUUAUAUGCAAAUUUCCAAAAUGCUGGGUUUAGGGGUGAAGAUCUUAAGAAGUGCAUGGAUAAUGCUAGCUAUGCCUACAAUGAACACAAAUUUAAUAUUGCAAUGAAUGAUCUUAGAGCUGAAAGUGAGGAAGCUUGGGAGUGGCUUACUGCAAUACCAAAAAAAACAUGGGCAAGGCAUGCAUUUGACACAAACUGCAAGACUGACUUGGUAGUGAACAACUUGUCUGAGGUGUUCAACAAGUACAUUCUAGAUGUUAGGAGAAAACCUAUAAGGACAAUGUGUGAUGGGAUAAAAGAUAAGCAGAUGGUGAGGUGGCAUAGGAACAGAGAGAGUGUAAAGGCAGCAAGAUGGGAUAUAACACCUCAUUACAGUGAGAAGCUAGAGGUUGAGAAGGAGAGGGCCAGAUAUUGCAAGCCAAUACAGGCAGGGGUCAACUUAUGGCAAGUUACAAGUGGGCAGCAAACACAUGCUGUCACCCUGGAACUUGAGACUUGCUAA